AAAGUUGGCGAAGAAGCGCAAGGAGACUCUGAACAGCACGAGACAGGAGAUGACGGUGAUGGUGAACUCAAUGGACAAGAGCUACACGGAGCAGGGAACCAACUGUGAUGAAGCGCUGUCAUUCAUGGACACACACAACCUCAACGGACGCUCCGGAUCUUCUCUGUGUUCUCUGACAGUGAAGACGAACACGAUGAGCAGCAGCAUCCCAAACACGUAUUACCCAGACCCCUUCGUUCCCACCGCGAUCUUAGUCCCCAUUAAUGACGAGACUCAAACCCUGACCAGUGACACCAGCAGCCUGGUGCAGUCACACACACACACACACUCGUCGCACACACACUCGCUGUGCAAGCGCGAGGCCGUGGACGUGCCGUACCACACGGGCCAGCUGCAUCCCGCCAUCCGCGUGGCCGACCUUCUGCAGCACAUCACGCAGAUGAAAUGCGCCGAGGGCUACGGCUUCAAAGAGGAGUAUGAGAGCUUCUUCGAGGGUCAGUCUGCCCCCUGGGAUUCAGCCAAGAAAGAAGAGAACCGCAUGAAGAACCGUUAUGGAAACAUCAUCGCUUGUGCGUAUCAGUCCGAUCUCGAGCAGCUUCUGUUGGAGAUCAUUUGCUCGUGUGAAGCAGAAGCAUCUCCUCAGAUGUCACGCAGAGAGAGACCGAUGCAGGAGACCGCCAUCGACUUCUGGAGGAUGUUGUGGCAGGAGAACACGGCAACCAUCGUCAUGGUGACCAACCUGGUGGAAGUUGGCAGGGUGAAGUGCUGUAAGUACUGGCCAGACGACACCGAGAUCUACAGAGACAUCAAGGUGACGCUGAUCGAGACGCAGCUUCUGUCCGAGUACGUCAUCAGAACGUUUGCGGUGGAGAAGCGAGGAGCUCACGAGAUCCGUGAGAUCAGUCAGUUUCAUUUCACCGGUUGGCCGGAUCACGGCGUUCCGUAUCACGCCACGGGUCUGCUGGGAUUCGUGCGGCGGGUCAAAGCCAAAUCCCCCACCAACGCCGGACCCAUCGUGGUCCACUGCAGCGCGGGGGCGGGGCGAACGGGCUGCUUCAUCGUGAUUGACAUCAUGCUGGACAUGGCGGAGCGGGAAGGAGUCGUCGACAUCUAUAACUGCGUGAGAGAGCUGCGAUCGCGCAGAGUCAACAUGGUCCAGACCGAGGAGCAGUAUGUCUUCAUUCAUGACGCCAUCUUGGAGGCGUGUCUCUGCGGCGACACCACCAUCCCAGCCAAUCAGCUUCGCUCGGUUUACUACGACAUGAACCGAUUGGAUCCUCAGACCAACUCCAGUCCAAUCAAAGAGGAGUUCAGGACGCUGAACAUGGUGACUCCGACGCUGCGUGUGGAGGACUGUAGCAUCGCUCUGCUGCCGCGGAACCAUGAGAAGAACCGCUGCAUGGAUGUGCUUCCUCCGGACCGCUGCCUGCCCUUCCUCAUCACCAUCGACGGAGAGAGCAGCAACUACAUCAACGCCGCGCUCAUGGACAGCUACAAGCAGCCGUCUGCGUUCAUCGUUACCCAGCAUCCUUUGCCAAACACAGUGAAGGACUUCUGGCGUGUCUGUUGUUCUGGUGGACUCGUACGAGAUCAGCAGUGUGUUUCUGCUCGAUCACUGAAUCUCAGCAGGACCACGAGUCUGUUUAUGAACGGCGGCGGUCGCAGCGGGACGUUUUGUGCCAUCAGCAUCGUGAGUGAAAUGCUGCGGCAUCAGCGCUCGGUCGACGUGUUUCACGCCGUCAAAACCCUGCGGAACAACAAGCCCAACAUGGUGGAUCUGCUGGAUCAGUACAAGUUCUGCUAUGAAGUGGCUUUAGAGUAUCUGAACUCAGGCUAAUGGACCGACGCUCCGUGUGUGAGUGUGUGUGUGUGUGUGUGUGUGUGUGUGUGUGA